AUAGUUAUGGCAAAUCUAACUCUAUAUCUCAACAUUCAUUCUGCAAGUCACCUUGGGAAUGUCAAUCUCUUCACAAAAAUGGACGUGUACGCCAAAAUCUCCAUUCAUGGUGAAAAUACUCGAAAAAAACAAAAGGCGAAAACCAUUGCCGAUCGUUCUGGUGGAUCUAACCCGACUUGGAACCAGGCCGUCAAGUUUUCUGUCAACGAGAGAUCAGCCCAUAAUGGUCGUUUGACACUUGUCAUGAGAUUAAUCUCUCGUCGAGUCUUAGGUAACAAAGAAAUCGGAAGAGUCAACAUCCCAUUAGCCGAGCUUUUGAAUUCAAACGCACCAUCAAUUGACGAUGGCGGUAGCAAUCAGGAGAUGAAACUGAUAAGGCAUCAGGUAAAAACUCUGUCGGGGAAACAUUCAGGAUAUAUGACUUUCUUGUACCGAUUUAAACCGAAUAAUGUACCAGCGGGUGUCUUGAGAUAUCCUUUUGUUGUUGAAUCGAACGAUGGUUCUUUUUCACUACCUCACGCUGUGGCACUAGAGCAAGCCAAUCCUGCUUACGACCAGACACCGCCACCAUCACCGAGCCGCACACCACCACCAUCACCAACAUUGUCGUUUGAGUAUUCUAUGCUGGCUGGGGUACCGACUUUCUUGAGACAUUAUUUUGUUGUUGGAUCGCAAGUCAAUCCUGCAUGCAACCAUACAUCAUGGGACUUUUAAGUGUAUUGUAUUGUCAAGUCGUACCAACAAACAAAGGAGAUAGGACUUGGAUUGGAAGGAAGCUGGGCUUUUGGGUGGAUUGAUUGGCAAAAACUCUUAAAAUUUUUAUUUAUUUUUGUUUUUGAUGUUUUCUGUUUUCUCUAAACAAUUUCUUUCCCCUCUCUUCAUCAACUCAUGUAACCUUUUCUUUGUUUUCAAUCAAUCAAAUAAUUGGAGAAAAA